CCUCCCGACGUCCGCUCGCGGCUGGGGCAGGAGCUGCUGGCGAGCGGGGCGCGCGCGAGUGGGUGCCGCGAGCCGAGCCCCCAGCUGCAGCGGGCCGAGCGCUGCGUCCGGCUGGCCCCGGCCCCGCCCGGGGGGCAUGACUCUGUUCGGCAGCGAGGACGGGUGCUGGAGAUACUUGGACAUGGCCAGAGAACCCAAGCCGAGCCGAGCCAGGCCUGGACAGAAGCGGCAGCAUGGCGGCACCCUCUACCACAGUAACUGUGACCUGGACUAUGAGCUCUACAGGGACGAUUUCCCUUACAGGGUGUACGAGUACCAGAAGAUCCCGCCCCUUAUUAAUCGCAUUCCGGUCAAGACCAGACGAGCCCACGUGGGGGCAGGGGGCAAGAGCAGCCUGAUCCCCCACCCGGGGCCGAGAGGCAGCAGCAACGCACCAUUGGGUCGGACAAAGCUGCGUGCCGAAGAGCUGCAUUCCAUCAAGGGAGAGCUGAGCCAGAUCAAAGCCCAGGUGGACAAUCUGCUGGAGAGUCUGGAUCGGAUGGACCAGCGGCGGGAGCGGCUGGCUGGGGAGAGAGGCUCCAAGGAGGGGGAGAAGAAGAAGAAGGCUCAAGUGAGCGAAGAGCCCUCGUACCCGGCGGGGGAGCCGCAAGGGAAGGAGAGCCCAGCUGCUGAUGCGCAAAGCGACCUGAGGGACAUCGACAGUGAGGAGGAGAGCACAGACACCGAGGAGACGAUGAAAAACCACACGUCAGACCCGGAGGGCAGCCAGUAACCGGACUGGGGCGCCACAGCCUUCCCCAGGUUGGCUAGCAUUUCCUUUCCUGUGUUUGUAUUUCUUUCAAGGCCGCCAGCUGGUGCCACACAUGACAUGAGUGUACCUGGUCUCAGCGCUAGCGCAACAAAGCUGUGUCCCGCGCCUCAUCAUUUCCGCCAGCACCAGACCCCACCACGCGGAGGGAAAUCUCGGUGUUAUGAUUGUUCCUUUUAGCAGGGGGGGAAAUGUAGUGUGGGGGAAGGGCAGGUAGAAAGCCCCCCGAGGAGCUAGACUGUCUGGACCCUGGUGGCGUAUUUAAGACCCAUGUAGAAAUCCAGGCAGCCCUCGCUUUGUCCGCAACCUGCACUGUUGGAACAAGAGGGUGUGUUGCUCUGUUGGCUCCCAGGCCAUGCCAUUGCUGUAUGCAGCCUUGUGCCAUGCAAGGGACCCACUGUCUCCCACUGCAGGGUUCCCCCUCCCAGGCCCUACAUCACCCUCUCCCGCUCAGGGACUAGCUCAGGCCACGUGCAGCAUCGGUGCAGGAUGGAGCGCCCGUCAUUCCCUGUUUUUCCUGUGUGCCUCACUGUGGCUUCUUGCCCUGCCUCUGGGCCUUGAUUGGUUGAGAGACGCCUGGUGCCACAGGAAAAACACCCUGGGUUUGGCCACUCUGCUCAAAUGCCAGCUUCAUCCGGAGCAGAACAGGGACCUCCUGGGGGACCCUUCCCAUCGCCUCUCUGCGUGACCCACGUCACGGAGCUCAGUGAACCUUGCAAUGAAGCGUGCCUAGAAAGAGCCAAAAUGUCACCCACUCAUGGCCCCAGCAGA